CCAUCUCAAUCUCCAACACCGUCCGGCAGGAUACGCCGCAGAGGGUGAACUGCUGAAGACGACACAACGUCCGAAGAUCCGCGAGCAAAGAUCAUCGGCACCAUGCUGGCCUCUUCGCGCUCCAGAGACACCAGCUCCGGCUUCACCAUCGUAGAUGACCCCACAUGGAUAUCCGGCGACUUUGAAGUGAUCACAACAGAUCAGGUGCGAUUUCGGGUGAACACGCAUUUGCUAUUCGGGGCGAGGUGAGCCAGCAGGGGUCCACUGACGCCCAGCAAGGCCCUCAUGGCAGCCGCAGAAUGCAGAACUGGCGCGAAGACGAUCGAGUUUGUCGGGGAAACCGACACGGCGCCCGUCUUACGCGCGUUCCUCGCUCUUGUCUCCAACGGCCAGGUAGAUUUGAACCCCUCUCUCGCCGGCGUCCGCGACCUCGCCCUCUUUCUUCACAAAUGGGACUGCCCAGCCCACAUAGCGCAUCUCCUGCGCGCCGUACAAAUCGGCGUCCUACGCGGCUCGGUGCGAGGCCUAGCGGCCUUCCUCCUUGCCGGGGCGGUAGAUGACGCGGACACGGCUACGGUGGCCCUCGCCGCCCCGCCGCAACGCUGGGGCGACGACGGCCGCGUUGGCGGCGUGCUCGGCCGCGACUGCCUCGAUCCCCGGGGGUGGCCGCCGGCGGUGCAGCGAGAGUGGCACGAUUUUGGGAGUCCGACAUUCGGCCGAGCGCUCAUCUGUGCGUUUGAGGAUACGGGUGGCGACAGGCCCAGGCUCGCCUCCAAGUUUGCGGAGUACCUCGCUGCUAAUCGGGCGUUAGACGAGUGUUGGGGCGAUCGAGGGGGUGUCUAGGAAGGUCCUGUAGCCAGCAUGUGAGAGUCUCUGUUUUAUACAAUCACCCGUGUAUAUAAGGCAUGCAAGAAGCAAGAAGAGCAUUGUUAGGC